UUUUUUUUUUUUUUUUUUCCUUCUGACUUGAAAAUUUGGUGGCUUAUGAGUUUAUAAUUCUUAAACAUAAUUGGAUAAUUUGAAUGUCAAGCUUGAACCCUUCAAUUUUUAAAUUCAAAUCAACCCCAGUUCUAAAAAAACAACAACACAUAGACGUGCAUAUAUAAUAUAUACACACUUGCUAAACAUUAGUUUUAAUUUCGUUAACAAUGCCUCGAUUACAUGAUCUUUGUUCCAGAAUUCAAAAUGGUUUCCGUGCUCGACUUCAAACAAUUGCGAUACCAGAAACAAAAAUGAAUUUAGCAGUUGUUAAUAUUCUUUAUAAGGAAGGAUUUUUAUCUUCUGUUACUAGAGGUAAUCAUAUUGGACCUGACCUGACUUAUACCCCAACUACAAACGAAAAUGUUGCAACAAGACGACUUUGGCUUAACCUUAAAUACAAAGCAAAUAAUCCUGCUUUAAGCAAAUUAUCUUUAGUUAGUAAACCUUCUAAAAAAGUUCACUUUACAGUAAAUGAGUUGAAGAAUAUUGCUAAUGGUAGAAGAGCUCAGUUCAUUAAACCCCUUCAGCCUGGAGAAGUUGUGAUUGUCAAUACAAAUCGUGGUGUUUUAGAAAUUCAAGAAGCUAUUGAAAAGAACGUUGGUGGAGAAGUUAUGUGUCGUGCCUUAUAAAGUAGUUAGAAACAAGGAAUUUAGGAGUAUAUAGAAAGGGCUUUUUUUUUUAUUAUUAUGUAUAUAUAAAUAAAUAAAUAAAAAACAGGUAUUUUUUUUUGUUUUUUUUUGUCAGCAAAUUUUAUCAUGUUAUAUGUAUUUAUAGAUUAAUGAU